AUGGUUAUUGUUUCCAGUGUUAGCACAAAACUUUCACAUACACCAUUAAACAUUAGACGGUACAGUGAUAAUGCAGCGACGAACGCGUUGACACUACCUCCGUUGCAUUUCUUGCCAGAGAUGAAUACAACAGUGAGUGAUCUUGCUACAACUCUUACCAAUUUCAAAGAAGCAAAAGCGCACUAUCGCCAAAAAGUGCUCGAAGGAAACCGCGAAUUGCAGUACAUUUAUGCAGCAAAACCACCUAUACAGAACGUAUUUCGUCAGCUCUUUCCAGAGUUAGUUAAAAGUCGAGGCAUUACUACAAUUCAACAUCUUGAUCACGAUAUAGGGGUCUUUCAACGAUGGGCAGAAGACAAUAAUGAAGUAACAAUUCAGUUUGCUGAUCAAUCUGAGGUAUGUCAACACGAUGAUGAACAAGACAAAGUAUUGAAUAAACAUCUCGAUGCACUUUUCAUUGGUGGUCCAUCAACAAUGACUGCUUGUCUUCUUUAUCAGCUUGGCUAUCCAGAACAUCGAGUUCAACAUGUGUUUGCCGAUCGUUUCGACAGUAAUUAUGAUGGAUCUGCUUAUUACUACCAUCAGCGAGAUGCAGCACCUGUCUAUAUUAAUAGUGUGAAUCGUGGUCCCUAUUGUAUCUAUAUUGAUUUAUACAAGCGACUCAUCAGUCCAGCGAAAUUAGUCGAACAAGCUGAAACUAAUCGUCAUCAUGUGAAAAUUAGUCUUAGUUGGGCCAACAUAAAACCAAGAUAUCUUUUUACCAUAUUUAUACCUAACUUUUGGCACAUGGUUACUGAUAUCUGGAUAAAAAAUAAGACCAAAUCAAAAAUGGCUCAUGUCAUUCAACAUGCUUGCCGUACAGUACCCAUUGUAAAGGAAAUUAGCAGCUGUACUGGAAUGCCAAUUGAAACCAUGUUAAUACGAGGUAAAAAUAAGGCAAACUAUGUCGGAAUGGUUGGCUCAACAAAGGAACCGAAGAGUCAUUUUACUUGGUUAAACAAGUUUGCUCCUAUUCCAUUCUACGAAAUUUCACGCGAAGGCUUCGGAGCUGAGGUAAAUCAAGUGCUCAACUUUCCAAACGACGGUCUUAUAUCACCCAUGAUUAUAGAAAAUUUGCAAAAUCAGAUGAUGGUCAGAGCAAAAUUGACUCAACCAGAACACGAUGACAUGGUUAGUCGUAAAUCAUUUCAACUUAAGAAACUAUUGGUCCGACCAAUGUCACCUGAGUGUUCUGAACGUAUGCGAGUUAUUGCCGUCGACUGGUUAGAUACAAACAGUGGUGUGACACAUCGAACAACUGCCGAUCGAUUUUUCAUUUCGUUGGGUCCUAGUGGACAGUUUAGAAUUGUACCACCUAAACUGACGUGGCUGCAGCAUGCUGCCGAUGUUCUGUACAGGACUACCAAUCGGCCGCAGUGUAUUACUCAAGGAUAUACAGCAACAUUGGCUUCCCUUUGGCGACAUUCGUUAAACGCAAUUUCAAACCGGUUUUUUCGUGGUUCUCAAUGUUUGAAAGAUUUUCUUUUGGCAAGUGGCAGCAGUUCUGUUAUGUUAUUAGGGAUUGAUAAAAGUCAGACGAGUUCGGCUCAGCUCGACGUGUUUUCGCGAUUUGUGGAUGGUGUCAAUCAACAUUGGACAUUGAUUGCUAUGAGAGAUGUUUCUCUUCCGAUGACCGCUGAUCCAUCAUCAUCCAUAAAAGAUUACCGAUUUUUCGCCAUUCAGAUGACAGGUGGUGGUAAUUUCCCUUCGCGACUGGUUCGACCAGAUUAUCUUCUAAAUUUACUCCAUACAACAGAAAAAAUGUAUGGCAUUGAUAUCAUGAAACACGCUAUCUAUGAUGUUAUACAAUCACGAGGCUGUGGACGAGCUGUGUCCGCUCAAAACACGAUUGCUUUUCAGAAUUUGGCCGACAACGCUGUAGUUAGCUAUGCAUUGGGUGGUAUUGGUAUGACGACUAUGUUUCCUAAUGGAGAAAAAAUGCUCCAAAUGAUAGAACAACGCGAUCCAAUGCUUAAUAAAAACACUGAGAAAGUGGUUUCAAUGGAUCAUUUAUUAGAUGGUAUUGACUAUUCAUUUAUGACUGAUGAAACACAACGGGUAGCAAGAUCAUUGGGUUUUGAUAACAGUAUGUCUAAAAAAGAAAAGAAAGCAGUGGCAGGAUCAGUCUUCAUCAUGGCACUUGUAUGUAUCAUGAAAAACUUGCUCUGA